AUGUAUUCCUACUUUGAGAGCAGAGGAGAGAAAUUUCCAUCCACCGUCUUUGGCCUUCAAUACAAUCUAAAGCGGUGGAUGGUUGGUCAAGUCUUGACGAGGGAGAGGAUCGAGGAGGCUCGGGACUUCUAUCGGAUGCAUUUAGGCAGUGAGUUCUUCAACGAACGAGGAUGGCUUCGUAUCCUGGAGGCGAAGCACGAGGGUCGGAUUCCGUUGCGGAUCAAGGCUGUUCCGGAGGGGACGGUGGUCCCUACCCGGAAUGUCCUAUUCACGGUGGAAAACACAGAUCCCAUGGUCCCUUGGCUCACCAACUUCUUCGAGACGAUCCUGGUCCAGGUGUGGUAUCCCAUGACGGUCGCCACGAACUCUCGGUAUCAAAAGGAGAUCCUUGCUAAGUAUCUCUUGGAGAUCGGAGAGUCCCUCCAAGGACUACACUUCAAGUUGCACGACUUUGGAUUCCGAGGAGUGAGCAGCGUAGAGAGUGCAGCGAUCGGAGGAGCAGCUCAUCUGGUCAACUUGAAAGCAUCAGACACGGUUGCAGCCUUGACCAUGGCUCGCAAUCACUACCACCGUCCCAUGGCCGGCUUUUCUCAACCCGCCAAAGAGCACGGGUUCUUUUCUCCAGUCAGAAUUCUUAGGAUAAAAAAAUUCUCCUUCAAACGCCCUCUCGUCUUUCUCUUGAAGCACGAUGACGACAUGGGGUCGAGAGAGGGAACUAGAAGCAUGUCGAUACAUGAUGAAGAGUUUCCUAAGGGGAUCGUGUGCGUCGUCUGCGAUUCGCACGGUGUCUGGAACGUGUGUGAGAAGAUCUGGGGUCGAGAGCUCAAGGACUCGAUCGUGGAGAGGGAAAAAUGGCGGCAGUCUUAG